CCUUCGCCGUCCGCCGGCAGAGCCAAGAUGGCGGCGGGGAGGAGGCUGGCGGCCGGGCUGGGCGGCCGCUUUUGUCAUUUGGGAUUAAAAGAUGUUAAUGCAGCAACUAAACGAUCUCUGCAUUUUGCUGCCCAGCGGAAGCUGCUUCUUCCACCUGCCAAACUACAGACCAAAGUGCGGUCUAUGUUUAUUCAGACACAGGACACUCCAAAUCCAAACAGUCUGAAAUUUAUCCCAGGGAAACCAGUCCUGGAGUCCCGAACUAUAGAAUUCACCUCUCCAGCCUCCACAUACUGCUCGCCCUUAGCAAGACAGCUCUUCAGGAUUGAAGGAGUAAAGAGCAUCUUCCUUGGGACAGAUUUCAUCACUGUCACAAAGGAGAGCGAGGAGCUGGACUGGAACUUAAUAAAGCCGGAUGUUUAUGCAACUAUUAUGGAUUUCUAUGCUUCUGGCUUACCUGUCAUUACUGAAGAGGCACCUCAUUCUGAAACAGCUCCAUCAGAAGAAGAUGAUGAAGUUGUAUUAAUGAUAAAAGAACUGCUGGAUACUAGAAUAAGGCCGACGGUCCAGGAGGAUGGCGGGGAUGUUGUAUUUAAGGGCUUUGAAGAUGGGAUCGUGCAGUUACAACUGCAAGGCUCAUGUACAAGUUGUCCCAGUUCCAUCAUAACGCUGAAGAAUGGGAUACAAAACAUGCUGCAGUUCUAUAUUCCAGAAGUAGAAGGUGUGGAACAGGUUGUUGAUAACGAUAAUGAAGAACAAAUGAACUCAACCUGAAUUGAGGAAAUCUUUGGACUUUUCUAAAUGAGCCACAUAGUAGAGAAAAAAAUCUCAGUUGGCAUCACUCUUACUAGGCACCUUUCAAUUGCUCUUAUUUCUGCUUCAUGAUUUUAAGGAAACAAUAGAAAAUAUUCAUAGAGGUUGGAUUGCCAACUUUUUUUGUUUGGGUUUUUUUUUGAACCAAAGUACAACAAUGUUUGAAUGUGGACAGACUGUGGCAUUCAUAAAAUAUUUCCCCCCUUAUUUUGCUUUAGGUAGCUUCUACAUAUUUUGAAAGCUGAUGUACUGAGAAAUACUGAUUAAUCUGAGCCCUUCCUGUUACUCAGAAUCAGAUCUGUUUUGAGUCCCUUUAUCAAUCUACUUACAACUUCCUCCUCCUAUAAAUGCAAGAUGCUGUAGCAAGUGAAAUAACUAAACUCGAUCUUUUAUUUUGCUUUGGUCUUGACCUUAUUGUACAGUUUUCACCUUUUGAACUGUCAUUGAACCAGUAAAGCAUCAGUGGCA